AUGGACCGCUUCAGACGUGUGAAUUUUCACAGGAAAAGAGUAUUUCCCUACUAUUUGGGCAUAGGACUAGCUCUUGGAUGUUCCCGAAUAAAGGAAAGUAGAAGGAAAGUACGAUCUACAGAGUGGUAUGACAGAACCGUACUUAAUGACUUUAGGGACGAAGAUUGGUACGAGAAUUUUCGAAUGAAGAGGGAAAAUUUCUUUAAAAUUUGUGCAAAGUUGGAAAAUGCUUUGGCCCCGGCCCCAAAGACCGUAGAGGAACCUUUGGAUGUCACAAAAAAGGUAGCUAUUGCCAUCUACUGGUUAGCCUCAUCCGCGGAAUAUCGGACAAUUGCCAAUCUUUUUGGAGUUGCAAAAUCUACCGUGUAUGAGUGCGUUCAUCAAGUUUGUGAAGCCAUUAUGGAACAUUUGCUUGAAGAAUAUGUGUGUUUUCCAGAGGGAGACAGGUUGAAGAAAGUAAUCAAGGGCUAUGAGGAAAAGUGGGGAUUCCCAAAUUGUGGUGGGGCUAUUGAUGGCACACACAUUCCUAUUAUAGCUCCGAAACAUUCUCAUGGAGAUAAUUUAAACAGGAAAGGGUUCUACUCAUUGAUUCUCCAGGGUGUUUGCGACCAUAGCUAUGUCUUUACAGAUAUAAAUAUAGGUUGGCCAGGAAGGGUUCACGAUGCCCGUGUUUUCGCAAAUUCAGAGAUUUAUCUCAAAGGAGAUAACGACUCCUUGUUUCCGGAAUGGAGAAAGCCAGUUGGAGAAAAUACUAUGCCUGUAGUUCUUCUGGGCGACCCAGCAUAUCCUUUGAAGACUUGGCUUUUAAAGCCAUAUACCAACAGAUCUACCCUCACCAACACCCAAUUCAAUUUCAACCAUCGUUUGAGUAGAGCCAGAAUGACCAUUGAAAAUUCGUUUGGCCAUUUGAAAGGAAGAUGGCGUUGUCUACAGAAGAGACUUGACGUUGAAGUCGAAUUCGCUUGCACCGUAAUUGGAGCUUGUGUUGUAUUACAUAACUUUUGCGAAUUAGAGAAAGAAGAUUACAUUUGGGAUACAUAUUCGGACGACACUGACGAUGAAGACGACGAUACGCAGGAUGGUGACGUUGAGGUCAUUCGCUGUGCCAAAGCCUUGCGAGAUGACAUUGCUGCAGCUUUUGCCAAUAAUAACCUUUGA